AUGCCUAACUUGGAGGCCAGUGAAACAAUUGGUACUCCUACUGGUGAGACAGAGUCCCAGACCUCGACGACUGGGGACGACGCAUUGUCCCUAGCAAUGAUUCAAGCAUUGAAGAAGGAAUUGAAGGGUCCUGUAUCCCUACUCCGGGACGAAGCUUACCAGUGGUGGUUGACAAUUGAGCAAGGUACUCAGCCUGAACAGGUUAACUGGGAUUAUUUCAAGAACGCCUUCCAAGGUAAGUAUGAAGGGGCGAGUUAUGUUGAGGCUCACCGACAUGAGUUUAUGAGCCUAGUUCAGGGCGAACGAUCUGUGGCUGAAUAUGAAGCUGAGUUUCUACGACUAAGUAGGUAUGCACGGACUUUGGUAGAGUUUGACUACAGCAAGUGCUGGGAGCGGGUUUUUCUAGUUCUAGUUGACAAAGUAAAGAUAGUGGAAGAAGUGAAGCACACUGAACACAAACGGCGUGAUCGUGAGAGGGAUCAGAGCGAAAUUAAGAGAGAUUCUGGUCCUUCUGGUCCUAGUCAGCGCCACAAGAAAUGGGUUAGGGAUCACCCCCGUAGAACAGAUCAAGUGCCAGUUGCAGCACAAACUCCAACUCUGGAUUCUAUUCAGCCUCCGAGAGUGGUUCAACAACCACUUAGAGGUCGUAGUGCUAGUAGAGGUGGUAAUGGAUCUAGGAGAGGACAGAGAGCACUGGGUAGAGGUGCAGGUCAGACUGAGGCUCAUCAACAGGCUCUAGUAUAUACGGCAAGACGCCGCGAGGACUGCGCUGAUACUGAUGUCAUUGCAGAAUAUCAGGUCAAUCUAGAUUGUUUAACUAGGAGAGUUACUUUGAGAACAGAUGAGAAUGACGAGGUGGUCAUUGUUGGUGAGCGUCGAGAUUACCUCUCUAAUGUAAUCUCCGCUCUUGUAGCAAAUAAGUUAGUCCGAAAAGGGUACGAUGCAUACCUUGCCUACAUAUCUGAUUCUGUUCCCGCAAAGCUUUCUGUAGGAACUUUCUGUACUAUAAGGGAAUUCCCAGAUGUUUUUCCUAAGGAAUACCCGGGGUAUGGCUCCGGUGUGCAUUGCACCCUAUCGCAUGGCACCGAAGGAGCUGAUCGAGCUAAAACCUCAGCUUCAGGAACUUCUCGACAGAAGGUUUAUCCAACUGAGCAUGUCUCCGUAGGGGGCAUCGGUACUAUACUCUUAGAAAAACAGUUGUAUGCCAAGUUUAGUAAGUGCGAGUUUUGGUUACAGGAAGUCACUUUUCUGGGUCAUGUGGUAACUGUGGAAGGGAUCCGAGUCGAUCCCAAGAAAAUAGAAGCUAUUGUUGAGUGGAAACAACCAAAAAAUGAAUUUGAGCUUCGUAGCUUCCUAGCUUUAGUCAGUUACUAUCAUAGGUUUGUCGAGGGAUUUUCUCUAAUUGCAUCACUUCUAACAAAGCUGCUGCAUAAGAAUGCUCCAUUAGUGUGGUCUGAGGCACAACAGUCUAGUUUCGGUAAGCUCAAGUCUAUUCUGACACAAGCUCCUGUCUUAGUUCAACCUAAAUUGGGUCAGAAGUCUACUGUAUACAGUGAUGCGUCACUCGUCUGGUUUUAA